AUGGAACAAAAUAACAAGUUUAUAUUUUUUAUCAAAAUUUAUAUGUUUAUGUUUUUAUAUUGUAUAUGUCAUUUUUACUAUGACAAGGGUAGGUUUAUCAAAUUUUUGAGAACAAAGUAUGGUUUUGAUGGAAAAUUAGAUACACGAGUUUAUCGAUUAUUAGGAAUUUAUAUAGAAGAUAUUUAUCCAUAUGUUGGAGAUUUAGAAUUAAAUAUACCAUAUAUUACAAAAAGAAAGAGCGAAAAAUUACUUACCACUGAUAAUGAAAAAUGGGAAAAAGAAAAAAAAGAAAAAUUAUAUAAAAGCUUAUUAUAUAAAGAAAAAUUGAUAAAGAAACUUAUGAAAAAUAAAUUUACCAUGUUACAUAAAUCAUAUUCAUAUUACGAAAAAAAAGUACUGAAUGGACUUAAUGAUAAAGCCUUUUUUAAAAAAAUGAUGUUAAUUAAUGAUAAGGAUUACAAAAAAUUAAAGCGUAAAAAGUACGCAUUACGGCUUUUUUUCCUUUUAUUUUUAUUCUUGUUAGUAUUAAUGAUACCUAUAUUAGAUUUAUCAUUAAGUACUUCUAGCAAUUCAUUUUAUUUAUUGACGUUAUUAUGUAAGGUAUUAGGCUAUAGCUCAUCCUCUGGUUCGAUUACUGCUUUAGAUGGCACUGAUGGUGCGACGUCCUCUUUAUUGAGCUCUUUUUGUUCAAAUAGUUCAACUAUACCAUUAAAAGUAUCUAGUAUUCUAAUGUAUUGUGUACCUAUCUUAAUAAUGGGUAUUAUGCUUAUACUAGGAAUUUAUUUUUAUUAUAAAAAUGUUAUAAAAUACAAAAAAAUUAAGUCCUUGGAAGCGUUCAACGAAUGGUAA